CUCUCCCCGCCUCUUUGCUCUUGACACAGCUACCCGUACGUUCCCUUCCCCAGAGCUCCUGCCACCCACCACCCAGAUGCCUUCCCCGAAUCUAGCGAUGGACAGUGGCCAGGCGCUCCCCGCCUUCCUGCUCUGCAGCACGCUGCUGGUUAUCAAGAUGUACGUCGUGGCCAUCAUCACCGGCCAAGUGAGGCUCCGCAAGAAGGCUUUUGCCAACCCUGAGGAUGCACAGAGACAUGGAGGCCUCCAGUACUGCCGGAAUGACCCAGAUGUGGAACGCUGUCUCAGAGCCCACCGCAAUGACAUGGAGACCAUCUACCCCUUCCUCUUCCUGGGUUUAGUCUACUCUUUCUUGGGGCCCAACCCCUUCAUUGCCCGGAUGCAUUUUCUCAUCUUCUUCCUGGGCCGCAUGCUGCACACUGUAGCCUACCUAGGCAAGCUGCCGGCACCCACCCGCUCCCUGGCCUACACCCUGGCCCAGCUUCCCUGCGUCUCCAUGGCCCUGCAGAUUGUCUGGGAAGCCGCCCGCCAUCUGUGACCCACAGCUGACUCCUGGGCCACUGGACCGCGAGGCCCCUGCCUCGUUUCCGGGAAACCCGCUGUGCAUGGGAGCACAGGUGUUUGUACAUGAGGGUGCGUAUGCGUGACUCUGCGAUUUCCAGAUAACGUGGAACCACUUGAGAUCCGGUGUCAAGAUGAAUAGCAGUCCUUCCAUUCAGAUGACAGCACUCCAAACACCGCCGCCACCACUACCACUUCUUCCUUACGACAGGAGGCAGAAAGGGGACUCAGGUUUCUGCUCCCAAAGAUUACACUCAGGGUUGUGAUCAAUGCAGACUCUCAGGCUCACCCCAGGGUUCACUGGGUGGGAGAAGGGCCUGGGCAUCUGCCGUUGAAAACCGCUCCUACACAAGUUCCAGUGACGACCAGGCCCAGAGUCACUGCCAGACCCCUCUAGAUGAGAGCCAGGGCCAAGUAGGGUACUUAAUCAUGGUGGCUGGGCGCCAUUUAGUGAGUUGGGGUGUUGUUCCCUAUUGAUGCUUCCUUUUGCUGAAUCAACCAUGAAAAUAAACUUUCUGGAUCCUUCAGAACCACAAA